AUGUCUCCUAAGAACGAUGAUUCUACCUCAAACCCUCUCUCCAGGAAACUCCAGAAAGUUCUCUCCCUAAAACUAGAUCAAGAUCCAGAUCUUAUCGUUGCACUUAAAGGUUUGUCCAGUGUAGUCACUACAAACAACCUCCGAACACGACGAAACCUACGAGGAGACUUCGAGAGGAGGAGUGUUAACUUGUCUGUGGAGUUGUGCGAGUCUUUCAGUCAUGUUAACCAGCUGGUCGAGAAACUUAACACAGAGAUUACUACAAUGAGUGAAAGUUGCCAGGAAAUGACGACAGAAUUGUCUACUGCUCGGAAACAAAUGCAAGGAUUACUCGAGAAAACGUCUAAGAUUAAACGCGAAAGUGCGUCAGUAGAGAUGAAGAAGGAAGUGAUAACUGCGUUCAUCUCUCGAUACCACGUGACUCCACAACAAGCUGCCGUCCUGAAAAGAUCUGAUCAAAUGGACCCGGAAUUCUUCACUGUGCUCGAUCGUGUCAAGAGCAUUCACCAAGACUGUAAGAUACUGUUACAGACCCACCAAACCACUGGUCUGCAGAUUAUGGAGAACAUGGCUCACCUUCAGGAGCAAGCAUUCCAAACCCUAUUCAAGUGGACUCAGAAUGAAUGCCGACACCUAACAAGCGACAUUCCCGAGCCAUCAACAUCUCUCAAACAAGGCUUCCUCAUGCUACAAGACCGGGAGAGUCUACUGAAAGCUACCCUAAGUGAGCUUGCUAAAGUGAGACGCGCAGUCCUGCUCCGCAUGUUUAUAAACUCACUGACGAGGGGAGGACCCGGGGGUACUCCUAAACCUAUUGAACUCAGCUCACAUGACCCUAUCAGGUACGGUGGUGACAUGUUAGCCUGGCUCCACCAGACAAUAGCCUCCGAACGGGACCUGCUCUCCUCCUUCCUCCCCACAAAAGAGACAGUGGUGACUGUGUUAUGUGAGGUUACGGAGGGUGUCUCCCGGACUCUGAAGAUAAGGGUCGAGCAGAUCAUUAACAAUACUGAUGAUUGUAUUACCUUGUUGCAGAUCUGUAAUAUCAUCCAGUUCUAUCUGUCCACCAUCAAACCUUUCCUCUCAGAAGCAGCGCCCCUGAUAACCCUGAUAUCAGAACUAAACACCCAGUGUAGGAAACAGUUUAACAGACACUAUGCUCUCAGUGUUUCUAGAUUGUCGGACAGAAACGAGCUACCUGGACUGGAUCUGGUGCCUACGAUGGCAUUCCAGGAAGCUGUCCAUCUACUGAAGAUAAUACUAAAUACACAUGAUGUUAGUGUGGUACCGGAUGUAAGCCCUCUCUCCUCCAUGACUGAGUUGCUGCACGUGGUGAUUGGACCCAUCCUUACUCUAUGUAACAUGUCUGCCUCUCAAUUGGACCCGGUAGAUAACGCUGUUUACAUCAUCAACUUGGUGGCCUGUCUUUACAAUGUUCUGGCUAUGUACGAGAAUACUGAUAACAAGUUGGAACUACUCCAAAACAAGAUAAAUGAAGAGUUGGAGACCCUGACAAACCUUCAGUACGAUCACAUGAUAAAGACAACCAAAAUUCCUCCAGCCGAGAUGAUUAACAAGGACAGACUCUCUGUUGUUGCUUCUAAACUUGAUCAGGCAUUGCUGAACACAGAGUUGCUAUGGUUACAACAGUGUACGAGAUUGUCCGCAUUACGUCACCGGAACACAGUGUGGCGCGGCGCGUGCGAACAGUUCGUUAAGGUGUACACAACUCUGAUUCAGUCCACGUGCAAUGAGGGGAUCCUGCUUAAAUCCCCUGAUCAGAUUGCUCAGCUUUUGAAAUAAAUUAAUAAACAGUAGAGAUCCUCCAAUUUUCACCACUUUUGGUUUAAAUCCUCCUCUAUUUUCAUUGAUCUAUGUCUAUAAGUAUAACUUAUAUAUAACUAUUAACUGGAUCUAUGGGUAUUUGAUCUUUUAAAAUGUGCACUGCAUGUAACCUUAAUGUGCAGACGAAUAUUAUUGCUAGUAUUUAAAGCAUGAUCUUGAAUGAAGGGGCUGUAGUUUGUGAAUGAAGUACUUUAGGGCACUCUUCAAGUUUUGUGAUGUUAAAUUAGUUAUUGAGCAAACACUAAACAAUUGAAAUAUUGAUUUUGUUAUGAAUACUUUUGUGUAAUACUGAAAACUUUGAGAUUGUAAUACAUUUAUGGAUUGAUUCUUGCGUAUUUGCAUUGGCUGGGCCC